ACCCGCAUACUCCGAUACAGUAGGUGGCGAUGUGCACCUUCAAAGUUACUGUGACGUGCGAUCCGGCAUUAAACGUGAAGGAGAAGCGGGGGCAAAGGCAGGAAAUGUAGCGGAUGACGCAGUUCUUGUUGUAUCGGUGGUUAGCUGCUUAAUAUACACAUUUUCUUCCCCAGUGCUUCCAGAUUAAUUUAUUAAAUUAGAAAACACCCUGACGCACAAUGACUCGUCACGGAAAGAACUGUACAGCUGGAGCUGUCUACACAUACCACGAAAAGAAGAAAGAUACAGCUUCAUCUGGUUAUGGAACACAAAGCAUUCGACUAGGUAAAGAUGCCAUCAAGGACUUUGACUGCUGCUGCCUGUCCCUGCAGCCCUGUCAGGAUCCUGUGGUCACUCCAGAUGGAUACUUGUAUGAAAAACAGGCCAUUCUUGAAUAUAUUCUGCAGCGGAAGACAGAUAUUGCCAAAAAAAUGAAGGCAUAUGAGAAGCAGAAGAAAGAGCAGAAGAGCAACAGCCAACUUGAGUCCAAGUCAGAGGAAAGAGAGAGGGUGGAGAGGUUUAAAACCAGGGAGAACAGCAUUGUGUCCAAACCCAUCAAUCCAUUCACAACUGGGCAGAACAAAGGAGCUGAGAAGGGCAGGACAGACAGCAGUUCAGCAGAAGUCUCCACUGGAUCAGCUGCCACUUCCAGCCAAACCCUACCCAGUUUCUGGAUUCCUUCCCUGACACCAGAGUCCAAGCCCACCCUGCUCAAGAAACCAAGUAAAGUUGUUUUGUGUCCCAUGUCAGGACGACCCAUUAAGAUGAACGAGCUUAUUACAGUGCAUUUCACCCCACUGGACUCAAGCCUGAACCGAGUGGCCCUGCUCACCCGCCAGGAUAGGUAUGUAUGUGCCGUAACAAGAGAUGUCCUCGGCAACAGUGUCCCCUGCGCUGUUCUGCGACCCUCGGGUGCUGUGGUAACUCAAGAGUGUGUGGAGAAGUUGAUCAAGAAGGACAUGAUUGAUCCUAUGACUGGGGACAAACUGUCUGACAAAGACAUCAUACCACUGCAAAGGGGUGGGACUGGCUUCACAGCCUCCGGGGUUGACCUCUGUGCCAAAGAAGCUCGUCCAGUGAUGCAAGUGUGAGAAAAUGUAGGAUCUGAGAACUUCACACCAUUAUCACAAUUUUAUGUACAUCCUAAUUGUAGUUCUAUGGAGUGUAACUGGCCUUUGUUGUUUGCUGGCAUGUUUUCCUUGUUCCCAUGGGUAACUGCCAAUCUGUCAUAGAUGUUAUUCAUGUGAAAUAAAAUUCCUUUCUAAAUGACA